CCUCAUUUCCUCGUCAAGUCUUCCAUAUAAAAACGACAGCGUAUCGUCGCAAUCUAAACCUUCCCCGCCUUUGGGCCUUGUAAUAACAUCAAGACAGCAAUUUCUUCCUCCUCCCCUCGCCAGUCGCCACCGCACCACCACCGUCUCAUCGGAUAUUUCCUUUCUUUGAUACUCGAGUAUCUACGGGCUUCCACUCUGUAACUAUCGAUCAAUUCAUCGCAAGAAGAUUCCAGACAUGGUGGAUAACAAGCGGAAACGAGGACGUACGCCUAAAUCUCGAGUACCCGAAACCCUAGAUCUCCAAAUCUCCAAAGCGACUUCCUCUUCGCCCUCCGUCGAAGACGUUGAUCUCACCCACAACAAUGACACCUCCAAUUCCAAUUCCAAUCACCAUCACCACCUCCGCCGCCGCCGGGAACCCAUGGAAAACCCUAAACCCCCCUUAAUUUCAUCUCCCCCUUCGAGGUGUAUUGAGGGCAAUGGAAAUGUUACUGGGAAUGGUUCGCUUCUUGAUAGUGUGGUCAUGGCGAUGGCUAGGGUGAUGCCGGCUAUGGACGCGGUGGUGAAGGUGUUUUGCACGCAUACUGAGCCCAAUUUCUCUCUGCCGUGGCAGAGGAAGAGGCAGUAUAGCUCUAGCAGUAGUGGCUUUGUGAUUAGUGGGAGGAGGGUCUUGACUAAUGCGCACUCGGUGGAGCAUUAUACUCAAGUGAAGCUCAAGAAACGUGGCUCCGAUACGAAAUAUGUCGCCACCGUUCUUGCAGUAGGAACCGAAUGUGAUAUUGCUUUGCUUACUGUGGAUGAUGAUGAAUUUUGGCUUGAUGUAUCACCUGUGGAGUUUGGGGAUUUGCCUGCUCUUCAAGAUGCGGUUACAGUUGUGGGGUAUCCAAUCGGAGGUGAUACAAUAUCUGUCACUAGUGGUGUUGUUUCACGUAUAGAGAUUCUAUCUUAUGUUCAUGGGUCAACUGAGCUUUUGGGAUUACAGAUAGAUGCUGCAAUCAACUCAGGGAACUCUGGUGGACCUGCCUUCAAUGACAAGGGAAAUUGUGUUGGAAUUGCAUUUCAGUCUCUUAAACACGAAGAUGCUGAAAACAUUGGAUAUGUCAUACCAACCCCUGUCAUAAUGCACUUUAUCCAAGAUUAUGAGAAAAAUGGAUCAUAUACUGGAUUUCCCAUUCUUGGUGUUGAGUGGCAAAAGAUGGAAAACCCUGAUCUGCGUAAGUCUAUGGGGAUGAAAGAUAAUCAGAAAGGUGUUCGAAUUCGAAGAAUUGACCCUACUGCCCCUGAGCAUAAAGUUCUAAAACCAUCUGAUAUUAUACUAAGUUUUGAUGGUGUUGGUAUUGCCAAUGAUGGAACAGUUCCUUUUAGGCAUGGAGAGAGGAUAGGUUUUAGCUACCUUGUAUCCCAUAAAUAUACAGGAGAUACAGCUCAAAUCAAAGUGCUUCGUGAAUCUAAAAUCUUGAAAUUUAACAUCAAGUUUGAUACUCACAAAAAGCUAAUCCCUGCACACAACAAGGGUAGACCUCCUUCAUACUACAUCAUUGGAGGAUUGGUUUUUACAACUGUUUCUGUUCCUUAUCUUCGUUCCGAGUAUGGAAAGGACUAUGGGUAUGAUGCCCCUGUUAAGCUGUUGGAUAAACUUCUUCAUGAGUUGCCAAAAUCACAAGAUGAACAGAUUGUAGUUGUCUCACAGGUACUUGUGGCAGAUAUCAACAUAGGAUAUGAGGAGAUUGUGAACACUCAGGUUCUUGCAUUCAAUGGUAAGGAAGUGAAGAAUCUGAAAAGCUUGGCAAAUAUGGUGGAGAGCUGUAGGGAUGAUUAUCUGAAAUUUGAAUUGGAAUAUCAACAGAUAGUGGUACUGGAGACAAAGACAGCAAAAGCAGCAACUGUGGACAUCCUGUUGACUCAUUGUAUACCAAGUGCCAUGUCAGAUGAUCUCAAGACAUAA